AUGUCCACUCCCGCAAACGGCCCAUCCACCACGGCAAUCACGCCAACUGCCACAGGCCAGCAGCCAAACGGUGCUUCCCCCGUCGUCGCUCCAGCUCAGCAGCAACCACCAGCCCCAACUCCUCCAGUCGCAAUGAGCACUCCUCCCGUCGCGGCCCCCCAGCCCCCUGCCCCCGUCGGCGCCCAGGUGCCCAUGCCAGUUACGGCCGCUCCCACACCCGUCACUGCACCUGUAGCUACCCCGACACCCCCGGUCACCGCCACCCCGACUCCCACCCCAACUCCAGCUCCAGCUCCAGCUCCGGCGGCCACGGUUACCGCUCCCGCUCCCCAGGCUGCUGGAUCCACCGCGCCCGUGCAGCCCGGAUCGGCCGCGGCCCCUGCUGGAGCUGCCGCUGAGGGAAGCGCAGAUGCUGUCGCCAAGACGGAGCCAAAGGACGACGACGUGGACGCGGACGGCGACGCGGAAAUGUCCAGCGUCUACGCUGCGCGCCGCGAGGAGGAGAUGGCGCGCCGCGACCGCUCGCUGGCAGAGUUCCUUGUCAUGUUGGACGGAUACAAGCCGUUGAUCCCAGAGGAGGUCACCGAGUACUACCUCCAGCGCGCGGGCUUUGAGUGCUCUGAUCCCAGGUUGAAACGUCUUCUCUCCCUCUCGGCCCAAAAGUUCAUCUCGGACCUCUCGCGCGAUGCCUUCCACUUUGCCAAGCUCCGUGUCAACGGCACGACGGCGGGACGCGGUCGCCCAGCAGCCGGUGUGGACCGCAACCGCGUCGUUCUUACAAUGGACGACCUCUCGCUCGCGCUCGGAGAGCACGGCGUCAACGUCAAAAAGCCAGACUACUACCUCUGA